AUGCGUACAGGGGGGUCUGGUGGGCUACGGCGUAUCCCAAUGCAGAGCGGCCGUACGGGAGCAAAUCGAAAAUUUCAAUAUUCUUGUGGAAGCUACUCGAAACGCUGUGAGACUUGCCGAAUAUGCUGGGAGCGAUACAUUUUUGAAAGCCGCAGAUACUUGAACGAGAUUCUUGGUGGCCCAAAAGUAUCCGAAGAUAGUCUUGGGGCUUUGAGAUAUGUCUCGUAUGAGAAAGUUAUGCUUCAUGAAAAAAUAUAUGGGAUGAGUUCAGCGAGAGACUAUGCAUGGAAAUUUAUGCAGCGUGAUAAGAUGAACAUAAACCAGAAUAAUGUUGCUAAUGGUACGUGUCACGAGGACUUUCUUAUCACCACUUUCCACCCCAUUUCGGCUUUCAAUGCUUUGAAGAAGCUGACAAUCAGACAGUGGAGAAUUACGUCUGGUACUUUGUCGACAAACUUUACGGAAAACAAUGGGGUUGGACAGGCAAAGGGACAGCCUACCCGGGAAGACUACUCGAACGUGGUUUCAACCACAUGA